AUGACAAUAAGAAAAAGCGCCCAAGCACUCGAGAAAACUUACCACCCAAAUCUUUGGCAACAGGCAUGGGAUAGUCUCGACAACGAGGUCAAAGCGGGCAUCACCCUCAGAGGCAACAGCCGGCGCGUCGUCGAUUCGGUCCUCCACACUGCCAAGGAGAAACAGCAACUCUGCUUGCGAAAGAAAUGGAGAUUCCGCAAGUCGAAUGGAGAAGAGAUUAUCGUUCGCGAUGUCCUGGAUAAAAUUGUCUCGUGGCUGGAUAAAUUCAAGGCAAUUGGGGAUGUCGCGACACAGUAUGACCCAGUCCAUACAUCGCUGCCCUGGGCCGGAGUACGCUUUGUUUUGCAGGUAAUGGCAGUCAGUGACCAGCACGUGUUCGGAGCGACCGUGGAGGGAAUAGAGACCAUCUCCCAGCUCAUCACACGGUAUACCAUCUUCGAGACACUGUAUCUCGAUUGUAACUCCCCGAUCCGUGCUGAGCUGGAAUCUGCUCUGGUGCGGCUGUACAAGAAAGUGCUGGCAUACCUGGUCAAGGCAAAGCGCUACUUCCAAACCAGUACUACAAAGCGGGUUUUAAAAAGUGCAUUCUACACAGCAGAAGACAAUCAAAUGAAGGCGAUCGAAGCGGAAGAAAAGCGUGUCGCGGCCUUGACGACGUUGGCUGACAUGGAAGAGCUCAAACGUACUGGAGAAAACGUUGCAGCCACGCAGUCUCUAGUCAAGUUAUUGGAGCAACCUAUCCUGCGAAUGGCAGACGAGACAACUACUGCCAUGCGAAGAUUGGAGAUCAACAAACAGUCUGCAUUGCUGCAGUGGUUGUCCUCGGUUCCUUUCAUCCAACAUCACAAGGACCACAUCCGGAAGAAUAUCCCAGGAUGCGGACAUUGGUUUCUGAAUCACCCAGAGUAUCAGAACUGGAAAUCCUCUAGCUCAUCUUCUAUUCUUCUACUCCAUGGUAUCCCGGGAUCGGGAAAGACAUCCAUCACUGCCAACGUCAUCGACUCAUUCUUGCAAAACAGAUCUGGGCCAAAUGGCUCCGUCGCAGCACCCGUGGCCUACUUUUACUGCACCAGAAACUCCUUUGAGCCGCAGAGAUCAGAUCCAGAAGACAUAAUGCAAAGCCUUCUUCGGCAGCUGGCCUUUAGUCAAAACAACCAAAGGGACAUCCACGAAGCAGUGUUGAACGACUACCAGCGACGAGAGGAUGAGGCAAAGCUCAACGGAUGGGAUAUCCCGAAAUUAUGCAUAUCAGAGUGCGUGAGGCUGAUUUUGGAUAUUACCUUGUCUUAUCCUGUCACCAUCAUUAUAGAUGCCAUGGAUGAAGUUCAAGAAACCCGUUGGCAUGAGCUGGUGACAGCCCUCGACAGGAUAGUCAAGGAAUCCACAAAUGUUGCCAAGAUUCUCAUUUCCAGCCGAGACCACUUUGUCAAGAACAUCCGAAGUGAUCAUCGGGUUCAAAUUCAAAGCUCGGAUUGUUAUCAGGAUAUGGCUAUAUUUGUCCGCCAUCACGUCACUGAAGCUAUUCACAAUCGGAGGCUUCUCGGGGGUGAUGUAUCAGAUGGUCUUCGAGAAGAAUUAGUACAGACACUCCUUACUGCUGCCAAAGAGAUGUAA